AUGGCGAAAUGGAAAUUAACUCGCCAACAAUUUGGAGCCGAAGAGUUCACCCUUUCUGAAGGCGAUACGGUAACUGUCGGCAGAGGCAAUAACAACAAUAUAACACUUUCAAGCGCUGUGAUAUCCAGGAAUCACUGUGUUAUACAUGUACACAACAAUAGAGCACUACUAACAGACCUGCAGAGUUCUAAUGGAGUGUAUGUAGGUAGUAUCAAGAUACCUCCAAAUACUCCAUAUGUAAUUCAAGAUUCAGAUGUUAUUGGGUUAGGAUGGACUAUGGCAGCACCCCUCGUCAAUAUAAAUGACACUGAAAAAUAUGUUUUCAAAUUCAUCAAAGAAAAACCAGGACAUUCCAUUACAAGCAAAAUUAAAUUUCAAGGUGAUAAUGAUGAUGACAUAGAAUCACGAGUAGCUAUGUUAGAUGCCAUUGUAAAGGAAGAAAAGCCAUUUAUUGUAACAGAAACGAACAAAUCACCUGUGUUAAAUAACAAAAUACCACAAAAGCGAAAAAUAGAAAAUAAUAAAAUUGCUGUUAAACAAGAACCCAAGAGCAAUAACAUUGACAAUAUCAAUGACAUUCCUAACAUAGUUCUAUCUGAUAGUGAAAAUGAGAGUGUUCAACCACUCAAUCAGGGUGCAAAAAAACCAAAGCUUGAACCAGUAUUUGAGGAACAACAAAAACAAACAUCCAAGGAUGCUUAUAUUAAUAUGAAGAAUGAAAAUGAAAAUGAAGUAGAAUUUGCUUUCAAUGUCAAACAAGAAUACAUUGGAUAUGAUGAACCAAUACAGAUUGAUGACAGUGACAGUGAUAGUGAGUCUGAGCAUUGGCUAAUGCGACUGUCACAAAGUUCACCUGGAAAACCAUUUUUGAAAUCACCAAAAAAUAAUAAAACUGAAAAUUUACAAGAAGAUUCAUAUAGCCAGCUAGAUGAUUUUCUUUGUGAUGACUAUGAAAAUGAAGAUGUUCUGGAUGAUCUAAUAUCUCUUCCUAUAGUACCUCCUAAUCAGGAUUUAAAGGAAAUAGCUGAUGAAGUUACAAGUAGUAAAGUUCAAGAAGAACAUGCGCAAGAGUCAAGUGAUGAUGUUGAUUCUGAGGAAUUGUUUGAAGACAUAUUACCAAAACAGACUUCAUCUAAAGCUACAAAUGAAGAUGAAAUUGAUAGUUACAAUAUUGAGGAAUUAUUCAAAGAAGUAGACAGCAUUCUUAAAUCACCUUUACCUGGUGAUUCAUUGAAAAAGGCUCGAUUAAUAGAACCAAUUGCUUUAUCAUCAAAGAAUAAACCAAGUCGUCUAGUUGUUGAAGUUAAACCCAAAAAGUCUUCUACUAAGCAUACCAAACAAAAAACUUCAACUACUUCAAAACCACACAUAUCCAACAGUCAAAAGGAAGAACGUAAAAAGAAACUAAAAGAAAUAGCUUGUAAAAAUAAGGAAACAGAAGCAAGAAAAAGUAAAGACGCUGUAGGUGAUAGCAAACCAGUAGCAACAAAUGUGAAGGUCACAACUACAAACCGGGGAGCAUUUUUAACUGAUGAUUCGAAAGUUGUAGCAAGCCAAGUUAAUAGGAAAGAACAUAAUAGGAGUAAGGAAAAAAGUAUCAAUUCAUCACCAAAACCUAAAGAAGCUAAGAAUAAGGAUGCUACUGAAGAUGUGGAAAACAAAAGAAGAGAUCCAGACAAGUUAGACAAAUCAAAAGACAAAAGUAAAAGCUCUAAGCACAAAGAUCGUAGCAAAACAGAGCACAAAGCAGACAAAUGCUCAAGUAACCCUUCUGUGAAAGAGACAAGGGUACCUCUCAAAAGUUUGAAACCAUUAACAGAAAGUGAAGAGUCUAUUUCUGGAAAGCCAAUAUCCAAAGUAGGUCCAAUGAAACCUGACAAAUCGAAGAAGAAGGUACGGUUUUCGGAGAAUGCGCCUCAGGUGCUAGUAUUUGAAAUUGAGCCUGGGAACAAGAUGAAGAAAACUAGUUUAGUUAAAACGACAUUGGUGGAUGUGCGUCAAUCACCCGUAUUUUCAUUAGAGAAGAUAACUCUAAUGAAAAUUCUUCGCUGGAACCCGCAAUGGUUAGAAGAGCAACUGAACAACAAUGACCCUCCGCCAAUCUUAGGUCACAAUAAAAUACCUAUGUCAGUUUUCCACUCAUUUGUGAACCACAAUCAGUAUGUACAACUGGUUGGAGAUUUACUUUUGAUGGAAAUUUGGGAAUGUUUAACUAUAGCAUACAUGAAAAUACGUAAUCAAAAUAUGGGAUUAGAAAUGAGAGUCGAGUCAUUGCCACCCAUACCGCCACAAGAACGUUGCCUCGAACUUUUCAAUUUGAGUGUUAACAUUUCCGUGCCCGCAGCUGAAGCUAAAUUUAAAGUUCCUAGGGUAGGAGAAGUACUUCUAGUUACUUUUGGACCGGAAAACGCGAAAAAUCAAAGGUUCUUUUAUGUGCACAAUGUGAGAAGUCUACCAUCUCCUUCAAGUAAUCGACGCGCAUUCUUCAGUGUCUCAUUACACGCGACAUUUGCGGAUAAAUUGAAGUCACUAAAACCAGGGGAAGUAAUGAUAGGACGGAGUUUAGCUUUCAUAAACAAAGAGUUACAGUUAUUCGAAGCUAUGGAACACUUAGCAGGAUCUCCUCUAAGUGACGCCAUACUCAGGCCGGAGCCGCAUCAUUUUACGAAAACCCAAGAAGUUCCGCCACUUAUAAAUACUCAGUGGACAACGACUCUAAAUCCGAGUCAGCUGGCAGCAGUGAGUUCUUCGGUGGCGGCGGCGCUAAGCGACCGGCCUUCUAUACAAAUGGUACAGGGACCUCCGGGCACUGGCAAAUCAAGUGUUAUUUGCGCGAUCGUGAUGACGUACUUCUAUAACGCGCAAGGCAAGAAGCAACAGAACAGAGGCAAACUGUUGAUAUGUGCUACAAGCAACGCCGCGGUCGACGGACUAGUCGUUCGAUUACUAAACCUAAGACAAAGUUUACCUAAACCGGAGCGGUUUCGGAUGGUACGUGUAGGACGUGAGGAGGCCAUGCAUCCCGAGGCCGCCAAUAUAUGCUCGCAACAACUGGCCAAGCGGGACGUAGCCAGGAUACACUCCGAACAACCAAACGCACCCAGUGGACUCAAUGAGGAGAUUCUUCAUGUCGAAGCAAAAAUAAAUAUGUGGAAGACUCAAGAGAAAGACGCGAAGGAUCCAUCUCGAGUGGCCUACUGUCAGGGACGGGUCGCUGAUCUAGAGAAAAGGAUGGCAUUGUUAAGAUCGGGAGGCGGACGAAGUGGCGCCGGAGAUACGCUCAGUUCAGAGCAGUUUGCGCAAGUGGAACGACGUAUCAUAGAUGGCGCUGACAUCAUCGUCACUACGCUCGGCAGUGCGCAGAGCUACAAAAUGAGAGGGCUGAAACGCCGAAUAGCGUUGUGUAUAAUAGACGAAGCGGGACAAGUUAUUGAACCCGAGACGUUAAUACCACUCACACUUGACGUGACACGACUCACACUUAUCGGAGACCCCCAACAACUGCCCGGAUUCAUCUGUUCUCAGAGAGCAAAGCAACAUGGUCUUAACGAGAGUCUGUUCUCUCGCCUGAGUUCAUGCUCGGAGCACUGGGCUGGCGGCAGCCCCGUCGUACUCCUGAACCAACAAUAUCGCAUGCACCCCGACAUAGCAGACUACCCCAGCCGAGCCUUCUACAACGGCAAAGUCAUGAACGUACCGCCUGUUAGACCGAGCUUACCUAUACCACCGUAUAACAUCGUCGCAAUAUCCAGUGGAGACAAAGCACAAGGAGUGAACGGCGCUAAUGAGAUGGAGGCGUGGGGCGUGACCCGCCUCGUGCUAGCGCUGUCGCAAGCGCUCCGCCCCGCCGGAAUGCGCAUCGCCGUCAUCACGCCCUACAACGGACACAAAGACCUCAUCAAGAGACAUCUCAAGACCUUAAAUCUGAGUGAGAGUCAAGUAGAGGUGAACACGGUGGACAGCUUCCAAGGCCAGGAGCGCGACGUAGUGGUGGUGUCGCUGGCGCGCAGUCAGGGCGUCGGCUUCCUCACGGACGCCGGCCGCAUGAACGUUAUGCUCACUCGCGCCCGACACGCCAUGCUCAUCUGCCUCAACCCACAUGCUCUCCUGAAAAAUCAGCAAUGGCGAACGCUUGUAGAAGAUGCGCAAAGAAGAAACAUGUACAAAGUGCUUCCACACAAAAUGUGCCAACCGAUAACGGCGGCACAACUACCCAGUGACAACAUAUUGGACUAUGUUACCUAUAGAAAACACAGCAAUCACUCUCAUCGUUAG